CGCACCCUUGGUGUCCGUUCCCCAACCUCCCAACGUCCACCACCCGCUUCCGCACGACCACUUACAUCAGGCCAGAUGGGGGUCGACGACCACGACACGUUUUCCGGGCUCACCGCCCUGCAAGCCGCUGCCGCGGCGGGAGACGUGUCGAAGUGCAUCGAACUUCUCGACGCGGGCGCGGACAUGAACAUCCAAGCCAACGGCGAGAACGCGGGCAAGACCGCGGCGAUGCUCGCCGCGGGGAACGGCUCCGAAGAUAUUCUGAAGGCGAUGAACCGCGGACCGUCCCUGCUCAACCUGAAAGACGCGGACGGCGGCACCGCGGCGAUGUCCGCGGCCGUGCACUGCCACGUCAGCGUUUUGAAGUACCUCAUCGAGAAGAAGGUGGACCUGAACGCGACGGAUAGCGACGGGUGGACCGCGCUCAUGUACGCGUGCACGGUCGGGAACAAGGAGGAAGUUGAACUUCUGAUCGCCGCGGGCGCCGACGCGUCCAUAAAAAACAGCGACGGCCACACCGCCAUGGACAUCUGCAAGCAGAGCAAGAAGAGCCACCCGCUGAUCAAGAUCCUAGACCCGCUCGAGCCGAUGCCGACGGUGGCGGAGUGAUGACGUGAUAGCAUCGUGUUGUAUGAACAUAACCUUACAGUGAGAAGGAGAAGAAG